CAUUAGGACAACUUCCUUCUUUGAAAUUCCUUGCAAUUCGAGGGAUGCGUCGAAUAACAGAUGUGACUGACGAAUUCUAUGGUAGUUCAUCCUCCAAAAAGCCUUUUAACUCUCUAGAGCGACUUGAAUUUGCAGAGAUGUUGGAGUGGAAGCAGUGGCACGUACUAGGGAAUGGAGAGUUUCCUAUACUUCAGAAUCUUUCAAUUAAAAAUUGCCCCAAGUUGAUUGGAAGAGNUCAACUUCAGAAGAUGAAACAGAUAGUUGAAUUAGAUAUUUACAAUUGUCAGUCUCUUACCUCCUUGCCUUUUAGCCGUAUGCCAAAUACCUUGAAGGAAAUAAAGUUAAAUUAUUGUGGGAAAUUGAAAUUGGAGUCAUCAGUUGGUGAUGUGAUUUCUGGAGGAAGUAACAUGUUUCUGGAGAAUUUGGAACUGGAAGGAUGUGAUUCUAUAAAUGAGAUAUCACCUGAGUUGGUCCCACAAGCACGCUCUUUGAAAGUAAGAAGUUGCCACAGCCUUACAAGGCUUUUGAUUCCCAACGGGGCUGAAGAUCUCAUAAUUUAUGGAUGUGAGAAUCUUGAAAUACUUUCGGUGGCUCAAACGACGUCAACUUUGGAUAUUAGCAACUGCGAGAAGCUGAAGUCGCUGCCAGAACAUAUGAAGGAACUCCUUCCAUCUCUUAAGAAACUAUGUUUGGAU